GGCAGCUUGAUGUUGCUUCGUCAUGUUGAUGAUUCUAUAUAUAACCCGGCUUUUGGUCCCAAGAUUACUUUAGAUUUUACAUCCUCAUCUCUAGAUCACAACUUUACAUUUUUAAUGUCUACAUUCUUUGUGGUAGUCCUAUCUAGCCAAUUGUUGUUUUAGAAAAGAUGCAGAUGACCAAUAUCAGCCAAAUUCCGAAUGAUUUCAUCAAUAAUAAGGUCUAUAAAAUAGUAUUAUUCAGAUGAAAUGGCCGAAAUGAUUUGGCAAAGAAAGUGUGUUAGAAGGGGUGAGAACGAGCGAGAAGGUAUUUUAAACAGCUAGACUACUCGAAAAGCAUGACUGAAGCACCAAGCGAAUUUAAAAGACGUCUUUGGCUUCUAUGUUUUGUUUUUCCAAUGCAGGUCUCAAGGGAAUUUCCUCCUUUGCGUUUGUAAAUUAUGCACCCAUAUGCACGUUAGGACUAGAUUUGAAAGAAAGACUUCUACUUUGCGAAAGCCAAACGUACGAGCUUAAGAAGUUCAAGACAUCUCUGUGAGUGCUGAUUUUCAGCUGUAAUUCGAAAUAAGGUUAACAACAUUAAAUUGAUUUUUGUCUUUCUCUUUAGAUGUGCAUGGAUCACUUUCUUGUGCUGAUUGGACUGUUCAUCAUUAUUCCAUGUUACAUCAAUGGACAAACAGAUUCAAGUCCGGCAGCCAUUGCAGCUACUACAGCACCGUACACGGGAUGUAAAACGUCUGAAACACAUUCUCCUCCCUCGGUUUACUGUAACGCAUAUUGUGGCGAUGAUAUACCGACCGUGAUCGAACAAGUUUGCGACAGUCGUAAAAAGCGAUCAAAGACAGGUAUCACGUUCUGUCCUAUUCAUCAGCAAAAUUGAGACGCAGUCUCUGUGGAAGCGGUGCGUUUCGAGUCGAAAAAUCGAUUUCUUUCAAACUUUGUCCAGGAAUCUAUCUUAGUCUUAAAAUUUAUCGAAACCACCUUGGUCUUUUCAAAUAUAGAAAAAUAAUUUUUUUCUGAGCGAAAAUCGCUUCAGCUCAAAGCUCAAACGCCCGUUUUUAAUAACACUGAUUAUCAAAAAUGGUACAAAUUGCCGACUGGUUUUUUCAGAAAAUUCUAGUUUGAGGGUUUUGUUUUGUUUCACAUAUUUUGAUCAACUCUUCAUAAGAACAAAGCACGUAAGUUUUGUUAUUUUAACGGUUUUUCACUGAAUUUUUUUUUGUUUGACACCUACUUUUACGCUACCGCAAUGACCUGAAAAAUGCAACUUUUUUAUCUCGGGUCAGCACAAAAUUCGAACUUCUUUCCCACGAUAUUUUUAUUCAGACUGGCUAAGAUAGGAUAGAAGAGCAUGGGAAUGUAAAAACUUGUUGUGGUUUCGGUGAAAAUUUUGAAUAGCCGGCCAACAAACUGCACGCAUUUUCGAAAAUUCGAACUAACGAUGCACAUGGAGCGGUCUCAAAAAUAAACGAAAUUUAUAUGGCCAGCUUAUGACUGACGCGUGAUUUGAGUCCAUAAAAGCUUUUUUUUUGACUUGCAAUAAGACAAAACAUCAUUAAGUUAAGAAAAAUCUUCACUCACUUCAUGUAGAAAAACAGAGCUGCCCAAAGCUGACUCUUAGCUCAAGGCGACCUAUUGUUUUGUCUAUCAGUCAAUUAUAAGAAAGAGGAAAACUUCAGAGGCCAGGAUAGCUAUGACAAGAUUCAGGUAUAUUCAGAAUAUUUCAUGUUGUUCAUUUAGAAACUCUUCAUCUUAACAGCACUGAAAGUGCAGCCCUUUUUAUUCGAAAAUGUAACCUUAAAUCUAAUAAAAUUUCGUAACGAGAACUUUUUUUAUUGAAAGGUCCCCUCUUUUGUGUCUAUAAACUAUAAGUUAGCAUAAAAUCGUCGGAAAGAAGAUAUUUUUCGAAAAAAAACAAAACAAAACAAACGAAUAAACGGGAUGAAUUAUUGAUUUGGUAAAAAAAAGGGAGGAGCAUCCUGUACACGUAGCUUGCAAUGCUCGCAACACCGAUGGCACACGAAUGUUUAAUCGAAUGGAACGGCUUUCAAAACUUCAAAUCCUGCGAUUUUUUACGCCACUCUCUAGGGUAUGCCUCGCUAACAGAUGAACAAAUGCUUCAAGAAAGCCAGUGUAACAGUCUGAAAUUGGUGUCAAGCAUACAGUGAUGUAUGAUGUCUACAACCUUUGUGAAAUGGCAUUUUAAAGCAAACUUUCAUUUCUAAAGGAUAAGAUGCUCAAGGAAAUGUGGAAGCAUUUUGAAGUCCUAUCUAACUCAAGAGACACCAAAUCGAGUUUGGUUAAGAAACUAUCAUAAAUGGUCGAAGAUUGCUUAUUCAUGAAAGAGUAAAAUUACGGAAUGCAAGUUUCAAACAAUCACUUCGGUAAAUUGAAAUUCCUGAAGUCCGCGGAAGCCACGGCAUGUUUUUAUAUUUCCAUGCUCUUCUACCCUAUUUUAGCCAGUCUGAAUAAAAAUAUCGUGGGGAUGAAGUUCGAAUUUUUUCACUGAGCCGAGAUAAAAAGGUGCAUAUUUUAUGUCAUGGCGGUAACGUCAAAGUAGGUGUCAAACCAAAACUAAAUUUUAGCGAAAAAAAAAAACCGUGCUUGUUCUUACUACAUGUUAUUCACAAAGUUAAAUCUUUUUCUUAAUCUUUUUAUUUUCUGGAAUUGUAAUUCGAUUCGGAAAAUGAGCCCACUUGAUAAAAUUGUUUCUAAAUGUUUGCUUUCCUUGUAGGUCUAACGUUGAGUGACAUCAGCUUUAAAAAGGAUGAGGCGUCAAAGUUUCUGUAUUUACCUCGCAACCGGAUCCACACUAAGAGAUCACAAACUGACAUUGUCGUCGAAUGUUGUGACGAGAAAUGUGUUGUAGAGGAGAUAAAGGAAUACUGUUAAUACAUGUAGCAAACAGCUGGGGCGCUAAUAAAGGUUAAAAAAAAUACGCAAUUACGCACUACGGACUCACGCGGUUUUAUUGUCUUUGAAAAAUCUACUCGUGCUUAUUAACACCAAACUGCACUCGAA